CUCAGACAACAACAUGCCGGGUGUCAACGGAGAAAGCAAGAAAGAUGGCCUUGAAACUGAAGAAGAAAAGCGUGAUCUCGGUUCAAAACCAAAGAAAAUGGAAGAAAAAAGCUCCAAGACUCGAAAAACGUCGGAGGUUUCAGGAUUAGAUGCCGAACGACAGUGUUUAGUGCAACGGCCGUCCGAUCAGCAAUGGCAUCCUGCUGAAAUUAUACACAUCAGACCGGUAGAUGAGGGAAAAUCGGAAUAUUACGUUCAUUACCAUGGAUUCAACAGACGCCUGGAUGAGUGGGUGCCUAUGGAAAGAGUUGAUCUUCAGCAGAAAGACGUCCACAUGCAUAUUCCAAUUGUAGAGGAGAAAGUUGACAUUGAAGGUCCAGAAAGGAAACUGACAAGAAAUCAGAAACGCAAACAUGAUGAAAUAAAUCAUGUUCAGAAAACUUAUGCAGAAAUGGAUCCAACAACAGCAGCCCUGGAGAAAGAACAUGAAGCUAUCACAAAGAUAAAGUAUGUGGACAAGAUCCAGUUUGGCAAAUAUGAGAUUGAUGCCUGGUACUUUUCACCCUUCCCUGAGGAAUACGGAAAGCAGAAUAAACUGUGGGUUUGUGAAUAUUGCAUCAAGUAUAUGAAGUUUGAGGAAACAUACAAAAAGCACCUGGUGAGGAUAAGAGGAAGGUGUAGUAUGCGACAGCCUCCUGGGAAAGAAAUAUAUCGCAAAGGAACAAUUUCAGUUUAUGAAGUAGAUGGGAAGGAAAAUAAGUUAUAUUGUCAGAACAUUUGUCUCCUUGCAAAAUUAUUCCUGGAUCACAAGACUCUGUACUUUGAUGUGGAACCUUUCUUGUUUUACUUGCUAACUGAAGUGGACAGAGAUGGUGCCCAUCUAGUUGGAUACUUCUCAAAGGAGAAAGAAUCACCUGAUGGAAACAAUGUAGCAUGCAUACUGACUUUACCACCCUAUCAGAGGAAAGGAUAUGGGAAAUUCUUAAUAGCCUUCAGCUAUGAAUUGUCUAAAAUUGAGCAGAUGGUUGGAUCACCUGAGAAGCCCUUGUCAGAUCUGGGCAAGUUAAGUUAUAGAAGCUACUGGUCUUGGAUUCUACUGGACAUUCUUCGAAACUUCAGAGGAACACUUUCCAUUAAGGAUCUCAGCAACAUGACAAGUAUUACUCAGGAGGACAUAAUCAACACACUUCAGUCGUUGAAUAUGGUGAAAUACUGGAAAGGUCAACACGUGAUAUGCGUUACGCCCAAACUUGUCGAGGAGCAUGUCAAGAGUGCGCACUACCGCAAACCAGUACUGUCAGUGGACACGUCAUGUCUGAGGUGGGCUCCGCCAGGGAAGAAAAUCAAGAAGUUGAAACAUUGAGCUGGUUUGACCAACAACAAUAUGUAGGAACAGGUCAUAAUAAGGUAGUUGUGGUCUGCAUGGGAAGUCAGAUAAGCUGGAAGAACGUUGAGGUUUGAAAAUUUCCAGUAACUAGAGGGAUUUUCUUGCUGGGGUAGUUUGUACAGACGCAUAAGUUACCAGGUCCGAAAGUUGUGUGUGAUUUUGGUCUUCAGUCGCGUGUUGGCUUCUGUGAGUUUUGUUCGGUACAACCUUCAAGGUUUCGCCGGAGAAUAACUAUCGACUUGAGAUGUGGAACAAAAACAUCUGCUAUGACAAAAACCUGAAGCAGUUGAGGUUUGUUGUCGCGUGUCAGGGAAAAUUUAUGUUAAUUAACAGGGAAUACUUCUGUAUUUGAAAAGUAAACGACCAUGCAGGCCCAGUGUAGAUUACGUGAGAUGGUGAAGAAAAGUGAAUAGUGUUGUUAAAGAAUGAGUAGGUCGUGAACACCAUGACAUUUUAUCGAAAACCGCUUUGAAUGAUAAAGAGUAAAGCAUCAUUUAGUUUUAAUGGACUACGAGUGACCAUCAGAGGUGAUGUGUAAGCUCUGUUUUAAUUUUGAAACUGCUUUUCUUGCAACACACCCGUCCACCCACAAGGAAUGCACAACGGAAUGUGAAAUUUUUAACCAUCUUGCUAGACCACUUGAAGAGCGUAGAUGUUGUCGUCCUCGUUUAAUAUUUUUGUUUUCUGCCCAGUCGACUUAAUUAACACACUUGAAUACUCUGUAUUUUAUAUUGGUGUAUAAACCUGUAUUAAAGUCAGUUACUUUUAAGUAGA